AGUUUGGAUUACAGCGCUAUAUAAUCGGAUAUUUCCCAAUAAAGAAACGCUGUCGAAAUGUUUGGUAGACAUCUAAACGGCCUGCCCUGGGUAUUGCUGGCCCUUCUACUGCUAGCGGCUUUGAGGCUUCAUGUUACCAAUGCUGCGGAGGAGGCGGAGGAUACUGCAGCUGACAACGGCAGUACGGAGAGCAACGAGAUCAUACCAAGGGAGGCCAUACAGAAGCUGGACUAUUCGGUGCGACAGGCGCUACUCCGGGCCAUUGAUAAAUUGGAGCAGGAGGAGGCGGCCGCUGGGGUGACAGAAAGUGGCGAGCAGAGUCCCAGCAGCAGUGGAUCCAGGGCUCUCCUGCGCACGGAGACCAGCACUCUGCCAUCGCAUCGUGAAAAGGACGAGAUUCUGGAGGAGAGCACCAACGGCGCCGAGCCGGAGGCAGUGGUGCCCACAGUUCAGUUUUAUACGGCCACCUUCGAUGAGAGGAAUGCCCAGGAGCAGUUGCUUUCCUCCUUCAUCGAUCGCUCAAAGCUUUGGAAGAAGACCACGCUCCGGAAGCAGAACUCCCCCACGGCCACUUCUCCCCUAGAACCAAAGUCCGCAGAGGCAGAUGGUCCGGAAAAUCGCCAACUGACCAGGAGUGUGGAUAGCGCGAGUUCCGGAUCCGUGAGCAGCAAUGAGAUCUCUCACGACAGUGGCAGCCAUGAAAUCAAGUUCGAGAUCAGCAAUUUAAGGAAGCCGACCACCACAACAACGACUACCAGCACUACAACAACGACGCCAAGACCCCGCACCACCAGGCGUCGCACAACCACAACAACCACCACGACAACGACAAUCACUCCGCGGCCCACGCACAACGAGGACGGAGAGAACAUCGAGCUGGUGGACAAGCAGGAUAUCCGCAUCCAGGAAGCACCGCUAGUGACCGCAUUCACUGUGGAUCUGGAUGAGCGGGGUACGGCCCAAAAGUUCCGCCCCCUGCUCGCGGGCAAUCAGCGCAGCAGCUUCGCUCCACAGCAAUUGCAACAGACACAUCAGCCACUCCAGCAACAUGUCGGACCCACCAUUACCAAACUGAAUGUGUUGGAGUCUGAGCCGCCGGCCACACCACUGCCCACACAGUUUCCACCCACCAGCAGCACUACCACCACCACCCAGAUUACCACCAGUACUGCAGCCAACAAUGGUUUCUCCACCACGCCCGCCUUCUUGGCCAGCACUACAAAUAAUUUUGUUAAGCAGGAGCCCAGAAGCAAUAUUCAGGAAGCCCCUAAUGUGAACAAUUAUCUUAUUGAACGGCAGCGGGCUUUGGAGCAGCAGAUAUACCAACUGAAGAUACAGGCUCAAGAGCAACAGGCUCUGAUCCUGCGCCAGUUGAAGCUUCUGGAGGAACAAAGCCAGAAUCGUUACCAAGCCACGCCCAUUGCACAACCUAGUACAUUGCAACCACAGCAGCAACUGCAACAGCCACAGCAGCAACAGCAAACCCCUCCGGUCCAGCAGCAACACGGUUCGCUGGAGGCCAUUCAGACGGCACUGCAACCGCCCUCAGUGGGUUACUCCAUAAGACCUUCGGUGGAAUUUAUACCCAGCACACAUACCAAAACUGUUAUUUAUCCCACAUAUCCAAUUGAGCAGCAAUUGCCACUGCGCGAUGCCGUUUCGGGUCAUAAAUUCGCCCUGCAAAACAGCAACAACAAUGCCAACAGCAACAACAACUAUCAGAAACUGCAAGCACCAACGAAUGCUGUUCAACAAAUUUUCCAAAACCUGCAGCAAUCGCUGCAGAAAUCGAAUGAAAACUUGCAGGUCCAGCCCUCGAAUCAGUUCAACUUUUCACCCGCCGAGGCGUCUCAGCUUCAGGCCCUGCCCCAGCACAAUUACAAGCAAUUUCAACAGCAGCCCCUCCAGCAGCAACAUCAGUUGCUGGUGCCCAACUAUGUCAGCAAUGCGAUCUUCCAGCAACAACAACAGCACAGAGGACGCCAGUUCCGUCAGGAAACGGGAGUGGGAAACUUUGGACUCAACAACAACGUAGAGAUCCAGCCCAGCAACUCCUUUGCCACCACAAUUGUCAGCCAGCAGCCGAGUUCGAAUCCCACUUUGGAUAACCAGAACUUUUACAGGCAACACUUGACGCCGCAGCUCAGCAACCAGUUGCAGCAGAACGCCCAGCAAUAUCUGCAGCAGCAGCAGCAACAGCAGCAAUUGUUGCAGCAACAGGCGAAAUCUGGAGGUGAAGUCAGUCCAGCUCUCAACCACGGGAUCCCGCAGUUCGCCUCACAAAACCUGCACUUCAACGGGGCCUUUUGAGCACUUGCACCACCACCACAAGCACCAUCACCACCAGCAAACCCCACACAACAGUAAAAUCUAAAAAAAGAUGCACCACCCAACACCCUCCGUUUCCGUUUCCGGUCCUGCUCCUGAGUCCCUACCCUGGUAUAGUUAUUCGAAAAUCUACGCAGUUGAGUUAAGUUUUACGUACAACAUCUUUGUAAAUAUUCAUUUUAUUUUAAAAUAUAAGACUAAAAUCUAAGAAAAGUAUAGAAAAAAACGGAAGAGUGCAGCUCGAGCGACCCGAAAAACGAUGGAGGAGGAUAAGGAUUUUAUGGUGAACCACUUGGCUGAAAAAGUGUUGAAAUGUAAUAAUUAUUUAUUUUCUUUGUGAAUAAAGCUUAUAUUAAAGUA